CCCGAUGAAGCAAGCCAACGCCGACGGCCUCCAUCAGCCCCGUACGGAGCAGCUUCAACUGCCGCGCCGCCCCUCCUUCCUCCCACCACUCCCCAUUAAUUUACACCAUCGUGCACAUGCAGCGGCUGAGACAUGAUGACCUUCAUUUGCCUACAAAUAACCCCUUCUUCCCCCUCUUCUGUCCUCUCCAUGACAUAUACGCAGCUCUUCUUGCCUUCUUCCCUUCCCAUGCUUUCGUCCCACCAUGGCAUGCUCCCUUGCACUCCUCCGCAGCCCGUCGACGUCGAGCUGGCGAACAGUUGCCCCCGCUGCGGCUCCUCCGACACCAAGUUCUGUUACUAUAACAACUACAGCCUGAGCCAGCCGCGGUACUUCUGCAAGGCCUGCCGGCGGUACUGGACCAAGGGCGGGUCGCUCCGCAACGUGCCCAUCGGCAGUGGCUACCGCAAGAGCCGCAGGGGGAGGUCGUCAGCGAGGCUCUCCAGUGCCGUCUCCGUCGCCGCCGGUGGUCCAGAUGCCAACUCCAAUCGCCGUGCUCCGCAGAGUCCUAUCCGCCCGGACCUCCUCACGAACGAGGUAGCCGCUCCUAUUGCCAUCAAUCUCGAGGCGUUGUAUGCCAAGUACAUGAACCGAUCUCCGGAGAUGGAGUCAGGCGUCGCCAUUGCAGCAUUCGAUACUGAAACGACAAGCCGAUCGAGUUCACGCCACUGUCAGAUGUUUUCGCCAGUUGGUGAUACUACACCACUGAAUCAGGUCAACGAUCGGCCAUUCGGUAAUGGAGACUACAAUCUAUAUAGAGAGUUGAGCAGCUCCAUAACACUGCCAGUGGAACCUGUUCAGAGCUACAUAUCCUUGGAUUGCCAAGAAGAGUUUGAGUCGACCACGGCAUGCAGCAUGGAUCAUCAGCAAGAUCGUGCGAACAUUGAUGAUUGGAGCUUGUUGGAUUACUCAAGCUUGGAGGCUUUCUACUAGUGCUAAUGCCCACCACAUUUCAUUGUCUUUCUCCUGUUCUUCAUCUUCGAUUCCUCUCAAUGGUCAAUAAUCCUUUCUCCAUGUAAACUCCAUCACGUGAAAUGGCAUAAAUAUUUUAG